AGCCCACUGGAUCUCACACACUUACCAAUUACAUUUCCUUUUUCUGCUUUUCCCCUAUAUCUUCAUCUUCUAUAAAUUAAGCGUCAGAUCUACCGCCAUGUUUUUUCCUCAACUGAACAUCUGAGUAAUCAACAAUGGCGAACAAUGUAAAUCCGUCGCUGGUGUCGGAAAUUGGUCCCGACGGUCUAUUUCGAGAAGCUCCGGUCAUCGCUUACACCGAAAAGAUUAUCGAGCAGGAAAAGGUUCAACUCCGGAAAUACAUAGAGGAAAAUUAUUCAAAAAUUCGUGAUGUCGAACGUGAGUUUGCUAACUUGAAUUUGGAGCUGAAACUUACGGCAGGAUCAAAGCAUGCAGCAUUUGAACACUUGAGAAAGAAGAUUGAGCUUCAAAAUGAGCAAAUUAAAGCGGCUAAGAUCAAGGAAGAACAAGCAAAAAAGGUAUGGGAGGCUGCUCUAAAAGUUGUGCAGGAUGAGGAAGCAGUUAAGCAGAGGCUAUGUGAGGACUUGAACCAAUUGGUCCAAGAAAGCAGUAAUUCCCAGUAUGCAAGACUUGAGCAGUUAAAAAGGCGACUAGAAGCAUUGAAUCCAGGAAGAGCAUCAACGUCUACUAUGCAUAAUGGCACGCCAACUAAUAACACAUCACCUGCUGCUUUGACGCCAGAAGUAAAUGGAGUAGCUUCAAACACUCCGAGUCAAAGCAGUGGUGAUACCGUUCCAACUGUUAGUGUUAAUAAUCUACCACCAAGUGUUGACGGAGAAGGAAGAGGAAAGAAGAAAAGCCUGUUACAAGGAAAAGGAAGGGGAAUUGGGGCGUUGCCGAAAGGGAGAGGGACUGCGACUGGCUGGACUGGUGCGGGAUUCGAUGUAGAAACUGGAAGCUGAGAGGACCUCGGCGAUGUGUCAAGUUUUUGAUGAGAAAAUGUCUCCAGAUAUGUCUAAAAGGUACUCUUAUUCAUUUAGAUUCUUUACAUCUUAUUAUAGGUUUGAAUAGAUCUUCAUUUGUGAAUAGUUUUAUUUAUUCUAGUUGUUAGUAGAUCUGAAUGCCAGUUCAAACUCCAAUCAAUAAAGUCAGUUACUCAUGCAAGAAAUACAAAUGUAUUUCAUUAUUUCUUAUAA